AAAAAGCCACACACAGAGACUAACUGGACAUGUAUACCUUGAUCUAUUGAUAAUAGAUGUGUGUGAGUGUGUGUGUGUGUCAUUGAGGACAAACACUAACUCUUAAAUACGUUAGAUGUUCUAUGAUAUUCGUCCUACGCAGACAUACAUCUAACAACUAUCAGCCCAUUCUUUGCACACAGUUGGUCUCGGCUUUGUAAGUGGUUUAUUUAUAGAUACUUGCCCGUUGUGUCGUUGAACACCCGUAGUACGAGGGAGAUACCCACACAAGCAAAGCUCACUGCCGUGGGCGGACAUUUCUGCCUUCAGGCCCCUACCAUUGCUGUUAUCGGUCACUUUACACUUGAUAUCGAGCAGUCAUGAUAAAAAUGGCAACGCCACGCAGUGCCGGAAACAGAAACAACAUUGGAAACAACCUGACUAUCAUCUUAUUUGGUAAAACUGGGAACGGGAAGAGCAGUGUCGGCAACACCAUCCUCAGCACUGGAGUAUCUCGGGAGCAAUUUCCAGUCGGAAGAGGACUGGCAUCCACUUCUGUUGAAAUUAAAACAAUUUCUACACACAGGAAAAGGGAAACUAUCGAGGUGGUCGAUAUUCCCGAUUUCACCAACCUUGGCCGUGAACAAGAUCAGGUCAGAAGGGAUAUCGGGUCCUUAAACAGAAAGGUUUCUAGAACCCCCUAUGCUAUUCUUCUGGCGAUCCGUUGUGAUGUGCGCUACACAAAAGAGGAGCAUGAUAUUUAUACAGAGUUCAAAGCAAUAUGGGGAGGAUUCAUCCGCGAUCAUUUGAUUGUGGCCUUCACUUUUGGAGAUCGUCAGGAUCGUGACAUUAAGGACGAUUUGAAGAAGGCCAAUCCGGAGUUGAAGAGCGUGCUCGAAGAUGCCAACCAUAGAUACGUGGUGUUUAAUGACAAACAUGACAAACAUAAGGGCAGGGAAGUCAAGAAGUUGAUGAGGGAAAUUCAAAAGAUGCAGACCAGAGAAACCACUGUCUGCAGCAUUUGCAGUGUGUCAUAGUGUGGCAGGCUGCACUGAUCUUACCAGUGUGUAAUCCAGUGAUAUAAAGAUCAACUGUCUGUACAUUUUUCAUGAAACUCAAACAUGCAGCGGGCAAAGGACAAAUUGCAGGGUGUAAGACUAUAGCAAUACCCGAGUUUUAAUUCCAACUCUCUGCUCUUUUAAACUCUUGUUCGAGUCCGUGUAUUUCUUAUGUUUAUUCUACUUAAAAAUAUGUUUCCGUCCUACUUCUAUUGAUAGUUUAUAGCUCGAACAUUGACUCAAAUGUUCAGGUUAUUAGGGUCAUUCGUCCUAGUGACAGUAGACUUACUCCAUUUUCGAUAGCAGCAAGUCAUUAUAAAAAGCCAGAUUUGUUCUUGUUUUGCCACAUAUAAUAGUAUCUAAACUCUUUUUAACCUUAGAGUCAAUUAUCUAACCCUCUCUUUUAUGUUAUAAAUUUUACAAAUCAAGGCAAGCACAAAGCUGAUGUAAAACUGCAGACAAGAGGAGACAUUAAAAAAAUGUUUUCCAGUUUGCAAUUUCUGGCGAGCAAUGUUUCUGUAUUAUGCUGUGCUAUUUGGCUUACUUCCUUGAAUUUAUUGUACUUUUUUAUCUGUAUGUUGUUACACAAUGUCAUUGUUGUAAAUUUGCACAGGAGACGACCAAAGAACACAAUUUUAGGUCUCAAUUGCCUGGAUUCUUCUUUCCGUUCGGGGAAAAAGUCCCGGUUGUAUAUUGGUAUAAAUGGUCGACUUCUAUGGUAACAAUAGUUAGUUUCGUUGUUCUUUUUCAAGCUGUAUUUUGUUAAACUUACUUUAACUGCAUGUUAUUUAUAUGUAAUAAUUUGUAUUUUCAAGACAAGAAAAGCUUAGAGAUAUGUUACGUGGCUUUCUCCAGGACAGAACUGACACCGAAUAAAGCUUUAUCUUUGACAGGAAAAAAUGUGUGGCAUAUCUACAUGGUAGCGAUUAGUAUACUGAAAGUUAAAGUGAACUGUAUUUUCUCUUUACAUCUUUUUGAAGUCUCCCUACACUUUUUUUAGUUAAUGUGCAUGUGAACGCUGAUAUUUUGAUGUUUGUUUUAGUUGCUUUUAUAUAUCUGUCUCUGCAUACGUCAACUUAUGAUUUCACACACAUGCCCUAGAAAGAGAAUUUUGAAAGUAAAAUGAUACAUAAAUGAUGUGAAACUCAAAGCGAAAGGAAGCAGAAGAAGGUUUAAACAACGCACUGUCAGACUGUCAGAAAGAAAAAGAAAAAUAAAGAAAAUGUGUCUUGUUGCUGGAAAAAA